CCGGGAGCCUGGUGCCAGCGAGACCUGGAAUUUCCGGUUUGGUUGGUCUUGGGCCCCGCGGAGCCGGGUUGAUACCCCUCACUUCCCAAUCCCAGGCCCUCGGAUGCCCAGAACCCGUAGACCGCACCGUGGACUUAUCCUUAAUCGAGGGGGUGUUGGGGGGACCCUGAUGUGGCACCAAAUGAAAUGAACAAAGCUCCACAGCCCACAGGCCCCCCGCCAGCCCCAUCCCCUGGACUCCCACAGCCAGCGUUUCCCCCGGGGCAGACAGCACCGGUGGUGUUCAGUACGCCACAAGCGACACAAAUGAACACGCCUUCUCAGCCCCGCCAGGGAGGAUUCAGGUCUCUGCAGCACUUCUACCCUAGCCGGGCCCAGCCCCCAAGCAGUGCAGCCUCCCGAGUGCAGAGUGCAGCCCCCGCCCGCCCUGGCCCAGCUGCCCAUGUCUACCCUGCUGGAUCUCAAGUAAUGAUGAUCCCUUCCCAGAUCUCCUACCCACCCUCCCAGGGGGCCUACUACAUCCCUGGACAGGGACGUUCCACGUAUGUUGUUCCGCCUCAGCAGUACCCCGUGCAGCCAGGAGCCCCCAGCUUCUAUCCUGGUGCCAGCCCGACAGAGUUUGGGACCUACGCUGGCGCCUACUACCCAGCCCAAGGCGUGCAGCAGUUUCCCGCUGGCGUGGGCCCCGCCCCAGUUUUGAUGAACCAGCCAACCCCGCUUGCUAUCAAGAGGGAGCGCAAGACGAUCCGAAUUCGAGAUCCAAAUCAAGGAGGGAAGGAUAUCACAGAGGAGAUCAUGUCUGGGGCCCGCACUGCCUCUACCCCCACCCCUCCCCAGACGGGAGGUGGUCUGGAGCCUCAGGCCAACGGGGAGACCCACCAGGAUGCUGUCAUUGGCCGGCCAGAUGACCGGUCACAGGGGCCAAUCCUUGGGGGUCGGCCAGGGCUGCCUGGCCCAGAGCACAGCCCUUCAGGAUCCCAGCCCUCUUCACCUUCGCCGACCCCCUCGCCACCUCCAAUCUUGGAACCAGGGUCUGACCCUAAUCUUGAAGUCCUCGCUAUUCCUGGGGACACGAUGACAACAGGGAUGAUACAAAUAUCUGUAGAAGAGUCGACCUCCCAGCCCCGUGAAACUGGGGAGCCAUAUUGCCUCUCGGUAGAAGCUACCACCCUGUCUGAACCCAUACUGGAGGUGGAAGUGACGCUUAGUAAGCCAGUUCCGGAGUCCGAGUUCCCGCCCAGCCCCCCCCAGGCUCCCGCUCCCCUUGCAUCUCUUCAUGAGCCGAACGGGGUGCUUCCACCUGAGGAACUGGACCUGGAGGUGGAGCCGAGCCCAGAGCCUUCCCCUCUCCUUUCUCCGGCCUGCCCUGCGGAACUCCCCGUGCCCGUUGCUUCAACUGCCCAGCCUGAGGAACUGCUGAACGGAGCCCCCUGGCCACCAGCUGUGGACUUCAGCCCAGUCAGUGAGCCAAAGGAGCAGCCCGAGGGGGCCCCGGACCCAGUGUGCCCCCCCACCGCCCUUGCUGCCACGCCAGCUACUUCCCCUGCCCAGGAGGAGGAAUUGGAGGAAGAAGAAGAAGGAGAAGCUGAGGGUGAGAAGGGAGGAGAGGAGCUGCUUCUCCAAGAAAGCACCUCUGCCCCACCCCCACUGUCCCAGAAUUUGGAGGCGGCUGCAGCCACCCAAGUGGCAGUGUCUGUGCCCAAGAAGAGACGAAAAAUAAAGGAGCUGAAGAAGAAGGACGCUGUGGGAGACCUUCUGGACGCCUUCAAGGAGGUGAACCCAGGAGUGCCAGAGGUGGAGAACCAGCCUCCCGUAGGCAACAACCCUGGCCCCGAGGCCGAGGGCAGCAGCGCCCCCCCACGGCCUGAGGAGGCGGAUGAGACGUGGGACUCCAAAGAAGACAAAAUGCACGAUGCAGAAAACAUCCAGCCGGGGGGGCAGAAGUAUGAGUAUAAGUCUGAUCAGUGGAAGCCUCUAAACCUAGAGGAGAAAAAGCGCUAUGAUCGGGAAUUCCUGCUGGGCUUCCAGUUCAUCUUCGCCAGUUUGCAGAAGCCGGAGGGCUUGCCGCAUAUCAGUGAUGUGGUGUUGGAUAAGGCCAAUAAGACGCCGCUGCGGCCACUGGAUCCCGCCAGACUCCAGGGCAUAAAUUGUGGCCCUGACUUCACUCCAUCUUUUGCCAACCUUGGCCGGCCAGUUAUUAGCAACCGUGGGCCCUCAAGGGGUGGGCCAGGUGGGGAGCUGCCCCGAGGGCCGCAGCCUGGCCUGGGACCUCGGCGCUCUCAGCAGGGACCCCGGAAGGAGCCUCGUAAGAUCAUUGCCACAGUAUUAAUGAGCGAAGACAUAAAGCUGAACAAAGCGGAGAAGGCCUGGAAACCCAGCAGCAAGCGGACGGCUGCUGAUAAGGACCGAGGAGAAGAGGAUGCUGAUGGAAGCAAAACCCAGGACCUGUUCCGCAGGGUGCGCUCCAUCCUGAAUAAGCUGACACCCCAGAUGUUCCAGCAGCUAAUGAAGCAGGUGACGCAGCUGGCCAUCGACACUGAGGAACGCCUCAAAGGGGUCAUAGACCUCAUCUUCGAGAAGGCCAUUUCAGAGCCCAACUUCUCUGUGGCCUAUGCCAACAUGUGCCGCUGCCUCAUGGCGCUGAAAGUGCCCACUACCGAAAAGCCAACGGUGACUGUGAACUUCCGAAAGCUGCUGUUGAACCGAUGUCAGAAGGAGUUCGAGAAAGACAAAGACGAUGACGAAGUUUUUGAGAAGAAGCAAAAAGAAAUGGAUGAAGCUGCUACGGCAGAGGAGCGGGGUCGCCUGAAGGAAGAGCUGGAAGAAGCUCGAGACAUAGCCCGGCGGCGCUCUCUGGGGAACAUCAAGUUCAUCGGGGAGUUGUUCAAGCUGAAGAUGUUGACGGAGGCGAUAAUGCACGACUGUGUGGUCAAACUACUGAAGAACCACGACGAAGAGUCCCUUGAAUGCCUUUGUCGUCUGCUCACCACCAUUGGCAAAGACCUGGACUUUGAGAAGGCCAAGCCUCGGAUGGAUCAGUAUUUCAACCAGAUGGAGAAAAUCAUUAAGGAAAAGAAGACAUCAUCCCGUAUCCGCUUUAUGCUGCAGGAUGUGCUGGAUCUGCGACGGAGCAACUGGGUGCCGCGCCGAGGGGACCAGGGUCCCAAAACCAUUGACCAGAUCCACAAGGAGGCCGAGAUGGAGGAGCACCGGGAGCACAUCAAAGUCCAGCAGCUCAUGGCUAAGGGCAGCGACAAGCGACGCGGGGGCCCUCCAGGCCCACCCAUCAGCCGUGGUCUUCCACUUGUAGACGAGGGGGGCUGGAACACAGUCCCUAUCAGCAAGGGUAGCCGCCCCAUUGACACCUCCCGGCUCACCAAGAUCACAAAGCCUGGCUCCAUUGAUUCUAACAACCAGCUCUUUGCCCCUGGAGGGCGACUGAGCUGGGGCAAGGGCAGCAGUGGAGGCUCUGGAGCCAAGCCCUCGGAUGGAGCAUCAGAAGCUGCCCGUCCAGCCACUAGUACCUUGAAUCGCUUCUCAGCCCUUCAACAAGCGGUACCCACAGAAAGCACAGACAACAGGCGUGUGGUACAGAGGAGUAGUUUGAGCCGGGAACGAGGUGAGAAAGCUGGGGACCGAGGAGACCGCCUAGAGCGGAGUGAACGGGGAGGUGACCGCGGAGACCGGCUUGACCGUGCACGGGCCCCUGCCACCAAGCGGAGCUUCAGCAAGGAAGUGGAGGAGCGGAGUAGAGAGCGGCCAACCCAGCCUGAGGGGCUGCGCAAGGCAGCCAGCCUCACGGAGGACCGGGACCGCGGGCGGGAGGCUGUGAAGCGAGAGGCUGCACUGCCCGCAGCGAGCCUCCCGAAGGCCGGGCUCUCUGAGGAGGAACUGGAGAAGAAGUCCAAGGCCAUCCUGGAGGAGUACCUCCAUCUCAAUGACAUGAAGGAGGCCGUACAGUGUGUGCAGGAGCUGGCCUCUCCCUCCCUGCUCUUCAUCUUCGUGCGGCACGGCAUCGACUCUACGCUGGAGCGCAGCGCGGGUGCCAGGGAGCACAUGGGCCAGCUGCUGCACCAGCUGCUCUGCACCGGGCACCUCUCCCCUGCUCAGUACUACCGAGGGCUCUCGGAGACCUUGGAAGUAGCGGAGGACAUGGAGAUCGACAUCCCCCACGUGUGGCUCUACCUGGCUGAGCUGACAGCACCUGUUCUGCAGGAUGGUGGGGUGCCUAUGGGGGAACUGUUCAGGGAGGUCACAAAGCCGCUGAAGCCCCUGGGCAAAGCUGCCUCACUCUUGGUGGAGAUCCUGGGGCUCCUGUGCAAAAGCAGGGGUCCCCAAAAGGUGGGGGCGCUGUGGCGAGAGGCUGGGCUCAGCUGGAAGGAAUUUCUCCCUGAAGGCCAGGAUGUCGGGGCAUUCGCCGUGGAACAGAAGGUGGAGUACACGGUGGGAGAAGAGGCCGAGGCCCCUGGCCAGAAGGCCCUGCCCUCUGAGGAGCUGAGCAGGCAGCUGGAGAAGCUGCUGAAGGAAGGCAGCAGUAAUGAGCGGGUGUGUGACUGGAUAGAGGCCAAUCUGAGUGAGCAGCAGGUAGCAUCCAACAUACUAGUUCGAGCCCUCAUGACAAGUGUCUGCUAUUCCGCAAUUAUAUUCGAGACCCCCCUCCGAGCGGAUGCUGCGGUGCUGAAAGCGCGAGCAAAACUGCUCCAGAAAUACCUGUGUGACGAGCAGAAGGAGCUGCAGGCGCUCUACGCCCUCCAGGCCCUUGUAGUGGCCUUAGAACAGCCUGCCAACUUGCUUCGGAUGUUCUUUGACACGCUCUACGACGAGGACGUGGUGAAGGAGGAAGCUUUCUACAGCUGGGAGAGUAGCAAGGACCCUGCUGAGCAGCAGGGCAAGGGCGUGGCCCUUAAAUCUGUCACAGCCUUCUUCAAGUGGCUUCGUGAGGCUGAGGAGGAGGAGUCCGACCACAACUGAGGGCGGGUGGGGCUGGGGACAUGGAGCCCCAUGGACACGAGGAUGGCCCAGCCAGCUGCCCGGACUGCAAGGGGGUGGCAGCGGUGGCAGCGGCAGUGGGUGCCUGUAGUGCGGUGUGUCUGAGCUAAUAAAGUGGCUGAAGAGGCAGGAUGGCUUGGGGGCUGCCUGUGGGCCCCCCUCCAGGAUGCUGCCCGGUGUCCCUUUCCUCCCCCUGGGGCACAGAGAUAUAUUAUAUAUAAAGUCUUGAAAUUUAGUGUGUCUUGGGGGGAGGGGCACCACCGCCUGCCCCUGGGGUCCUUUUUUAUUUUCUGAAAAUCACUCUUGGGACGGCCGUCCUCGCUGCUGGGGGCAUAUGCCCCAGCCCCCGCACCACCCCUGCUGCUGCCUGGGCAGGGGUAAGGGGGGCACGGUGCCUGUAAUUAUUAAAACAUGAAUUCAAUUAC